UCUACCAUGGAGGGAAAAGCUUUCCUUCGUUCUCUAUCCUCUUCCUCUCUUGCUUGCAACAGAUUCUUCUUCCCUUGCAGAUUUCCUCGCUCUUUCUCUUCCUUCUCCUCUUCUUCAUCCUUCUCCGUUCAUCGCAUUUCCCACCGUCCGAUUACCGCUCUUACCAGACGCACCCUCCUUCGCCGCCACUGGAAGGUGUACCCUAUAGCUGCCACCUCUUCCUCUUUUCUUCGCUUUAAUAAACGCUUCUCCUCUCUCUCCACUUCAGCUGUUGCCGCACAGCCAGCUCCGUCCUCUCCAGAUGUUGUUAGUGUGCCGGAUGAGGUUGCCGAGAAGUUUGGCUUUGAAAAGGUUUCCGAAGAGUUCAUUGGGGAGUGUAAAUCAAAGGCUGUGCUGUUCAGACAUAAGAAGACUGGCGCUGAAGUCAUCUCGGUUUCCAACGAUGAUGAGAAUAAAGUUUUCGGCAUUGUUUUCCGAACUCCUCCCAAGGAUUCAACAGGCAUUCCACACAUAUUGGAACACAGUGUAUUAUGUGGGUCAAGAAAAUAUCCUUUGAAGGAACCAUUUGUUGAGCUGCUGAAAGGCAGCUUAAAUACUUUUCUGAAUGCAUUCACAUAUCCAGACAGGACUUGCUAUCCAGUUGCUUCCACAAAUACAAAGGAUUUCUACAAUUUGGUUGAUGUAUACCUGGAUGCAGUAUUCUUCCCUAAAUGUGUGGACGACUACCAGACAUUUCAACAGGAGGGUUGGCAUUUUGAGCUCAACAAUCCUUCAGAAGAAAUAUGUUAUAAAGGUGUUGUUUUUAAUGAGAUGAAGGGUGUUUAUUCUCAGCCUGAUAAUAUAUUGGGGCGGACUUCUCAACAGGCACUCUUUCCAGACAAUACCUAUGGUGUUGAUAGUGGAGGUGAUCCAAAAGUCAUCCCUAAAUUGACAUUUGAGCAAUUUCAGGAAUUCCACCGUAAAUAUUACCAUCCCAGCAAUGCGAGGAUAUGGUUUUAUGGAGAUGAUGAUCCAGUUGAGCGUUUACGCAUCUUGAGUGAGUAUCUGGAUGUGUUUAAUGCUAGUUCAGCUCCAAAUGAGUCAAAGAUUGAACUGCAAAAGCUUUUCCCUGAGCCAGUCAGGAUUGUUGAGAAAUAUCCUGCUGGUGAAGGGGGUGAUUUAAAAAAGAAGCAUAUGGUAUGCCUUAAUUGGUUGCUUUCUGAAAAACCCUUAGACUUGGAAACUGAGCUUACACUUGGGUUUUUGGAUCAUCUUAUGUUGGGAACUCCUGCUUCUCCCUUGAGGAAAAUCUUGCUGGAAAGUGGCCUGGGAGAUGCCAUUGUUGGUGGUGGGAUUGAAGAUGAGCUGCUACAGCCCCAAUUUAGUAUUGGAUUGAAGGGUGUUUCUGAAGAAGACAUUCACAAGGUAGAAGAAUUAAUCAUGAGUACGCUUAAGAAAUUAUCUGAGGAAGGAUUUGAGACAGAUGCUGUUGAGGCAUCCAUGAAUACAAUUGAGUUCUCUCUCAGGGAAAACAACACUGGCUCAUUUCCUCGAGGCUUAUCAUUGAUGCUUCGAUCCAUUGGUAAGUGGAUAUAUGAUAGGGAUCCCUUUGAACCUUUAAAAUAUGAGAAACCUUUGAAGGCCCUCAAAGCUAGAAUAGCAGAGGAAGGUUCUAAAGCUGUUUUUUCUCCUCUAAUUGAGAAAUUCAUCUUGAACAAUCCUCAUCGAGUAACUGUAGAAAUGCGGCCUGAUCCAGAAAAAGCUACUUGUGAUGAGGCUGCUGAGAGAGAAAUCUUGGAGAAAUUGAAAGCUAGCAUGACAGAAGAAGAUCUUGCUGAGCUUGCACGUGCAACACAGGAACUAAGAUUGAAGCAGGAAACUCCUGAUCCACCAGAAGCUUUGAAAACUGUGCCAAGUCUAUCUCUUAAGGAUAUUCCUAAAGAACCUAUACAUGUUCCUACAGAGGUUGGGGAUAUCCAUGGAGUGAAAGUCUUGCGGCAUAACCUCUUCACUAAUGAUGUCCUUUAUGCUGAAGUUGUAUUUAAUAUGAGAUCACUGAAGCAGGAACUUCUUCCUUUAAUGCCACUUUUCUGGUGA